AUGACGGUGUCGAUAGAAAUGACCAUUAUGAUGGUGAUGAUAGAGGUGACGAUGACAAUGUUGAUAGUUCAUUUGUUGUAUGACACUGAUAUACAUGAUGCUAUUGUUGACUAUUAUUUACUUUAUUAUGAUAAAGAAGAUGAUAAAGAAUACGUUGGUGAUGAAGACGAUAGAGAUUACGAUGGUGAUGAAGAUGAAAGAGAUGGCGAUGGUGAUGAAGAUCAUAAAGAUGACAAUAAUGAAGAUGAAGACGAUAGAGAUUUCGAUGGUGAUGAAGAUGAUAGAGAUUCUGAUGAGGAUGAAGAUGAUAUAGAUGAGGAUGAAGAUGAUCGAGAUGAGGAUGGAGAUGAUAAAGAUAACGAUUGUGAUGUAGAUGAUAAAGAUGACGAUGGUGAUAAAUAUGAUUUAGAUGAAAAUAAUGAAGAUGAAGAAAAUAGAGAUGAGGAUGAUAAUGAAGACAAAAUAGAUGACGACGGUGAUGAAGAAUAUACAGAUGACGAUGAUGAUGAAGAUGAUAGAAAUGACGACGAUGAUAGAGGUGAGGAUAGUGAUGAAGAUGCUAGAGAUGUAGAUGGUGAUGAAGAUGAUAGAAGUAACGAUGCUGAUGAAUCUAAUAGAGAUGACGAUGGUGGUGGAGAUGAUAGAAAUUAUCAUGGGGAUGAAGAUGAUAAGGAUACAGAUGACGAUGAUUAUGAAGAUGAUAGAGAUGAGGAUGAUGAUGAAUAA